GAUGCGGAGCUGUGUGCAUCGCUGCCUACUCCGAGCUGCCUGGGCACUGCAGUAGCGGAGCCGGAGCAUCCUCUAGCCAGGAGUCUGGGGAGACCCAAGACCUCCACACCGGCUUCCCAGCAGGUUCGCUUGCUUUUAAUUUCCAAGGCUGCAGCUCUCCUGACUCAGCCCACAUCAUCUCCUCUCCAGCUCGGCUGCGGAUGAAGCAGGGGCUGUGCUGGGUCCAGCAGCUGGGACAGCCCAGGCCAUGGUGCGUCUGAGCCCGGUGCUACGGUGAGGUGGCAGUGGCGGCGGCUGAGACAGUUGUAGCUUGACCCAAGCGGGUGCCUCUCCCGGGAACCUUCUCCCGCUGCCACGAUGUUCAGCUGGCUGGGUAACGAUGAUCGCCGCAGGAAGGACCCCGAGGUCUUCCAGACGGUGAGUGAGGGGCUCAAGAAACUCUACAAGACCAAGCUGCUGCCCCUGGAAGAGUAUUACCGCUUCCACGAGUUCCACUCACCCGCCCUGGAGGAUGCUGAUUUCGACAACAAGCCCAUGGUCCUGUUGGUGGGCCAGUACUCCACUGGGAAGACCACCUUCAUCAGGUACCUGCUGGAACAGGAUUUCCCAGGCAUGAGGAUUGGGCCUGAGCCGACCACUGAUUCCUUCAUAGCAGUAAUGCAAGGAGAUGUGGAGGGGAUCAUUCCUGGGAAUGCCCUGGUGGUAGAUCCAAAAAAACCCUUCAGAAAGCUCAAUGCCUUUGGCAAUGCCUUCUUGAACAGGUUUGUAUGUGCCCAGCUGCCCAAUGCUGUGUUGGAAAGUAUCAGUGUCAUCGACACACCAGGAAUCCUCUCCGGUGAGAAACAGAGGAUCAGCCGAGGGUAUGAUUUUGCUGCUGUCCUGGAGUGGUUCGCUGAGCGGGUGGAUCGAAUCAUCCUGCUCUUUGAUGCCCACAAGCUGGACAUCUCUGACGAGUUCUCAGAAGUUAUCAAGGCUCUCAAGAACCACGAGGACAAGAUGCGAGUGGUUUUGAACAAGGCCGACCAGAUUGAGACCCAGCAGUUGAUGCGGGUGUAUGGGGCCCUCAUGUGGUCCCUGGGGAAGAUUGUGAACACACCGGAGGUGAUCCGGGUCUACAUUGGCUCCUUCUGGUCCCACCCUCUCCUCAUUCCUGACAACCGGAAGCUCUUCGAAGCUGAAGAGCAGGACUUGUUCAGAGACAUCCAGAGCCUACCCCGGAAUGCUGCCCUUCGAAAACUCAAUGACCUUAUCAAGAGAGCUCGUCUGGCCAAGGUCCAUGCCUACAUCAUCAGCUCCUUGAAGAAGGAGAUGCCCUCGGUGUUUGGGAAGGACACCAAAAAGAAGGAGCUCGUGAACAACCUGGCUGAGAUUUAUGGCCGAAUUGAGAGAGAGCACCAGAUCUCCCCCGGGGACUUCCCCAACCUGAAGAGGAUGCAGGACCAGCUGCAGGCCCAGGACUUCAGCAAAUUCCAGCCACUGAAGAACAAGCUUCUGGAGGUGGUAGAUGACAUGCUGGCACAUGACAUUGCCCAGCUCAUGGUGCUGGUACGCCAGGAAGAGACCCAGCGACCUGUGCAGAUGGUGAAAGGCGGAGCAUUUGAGGGAACCCUGCAAGGCCCCUUUGGGCAUGGCUAUGGAGAGGGAGCCGGGGAGGGUAUUGAUGAUGCUGAGUGGGUGGUGGCCCGAGACAAGCCCAUGUAUGAUGAGAUCUUCUUUACUCUGUCCCCGGUUGAUGGCAAGAUCACAGGUGCCAAUGCCAAAAAGGAGAUGGUACGCUCCAAGCUGCCCAACAGUGUGCUGGGCAAGAUCUGGAAGCUAGCUGACAUUGAUAAGGAUGGCAUGUUGGAUGAUGAGGAGUUUGCCCUGGCCAACCACCUUAUCAAAGUCAAGCUAGAGGGGCAUGAACUGCCCAAUGAGCUACCUGCCCAUCUUAUCCCUCCAUCUAAGAGGAAAAUAUCUGAGUGACAAAGCCAGGUAACUUCAGACAGGCAGUGUUAGAAGAGAGAAUGGACAUGAUGAUCAUAGACACACACACACACACACACACACACACACGACUUGACAGUCACACUGUAAAUGAGAAGGGUUCUUCCUUGUUUGAACACCUCUCCAAGUUCCCAGGGUUGGAAGAAGGGCCGCUGUACCUCCCCUAUCCCAGGAUAUAAGCCUGUGUUUCCAAACUUGCCCUCUAGCUCCAGUCCCCAGAUACAUGAGGCAGUUGACUGGCCCACAAAUGGUCUGACCCUCCCUAUCCCCCAGUGCCUCCACACCGAGACUCUGAGCAGAUGGGAAAGACUUUUCAUGGAAUAGACAAUUCGCUUUCUUUUCUGUGCUUUUAUUUUCCCUCUUUGGCUUCCUAAUUAGACAUUUACUCAGGAUCUGGAAGCUGGGAGGCAAAUGAGAAGCUGGGGGAGGAUAACCAAAUGGAGAACCCUCCUUAGGGCACUACAUCCCAGACUUGGAGAGACACUGGCCCAUGUUCUUUUAUCUUUCUAAACUGAAGACAUCCUGUCUUCCUCAGCAAACUGCCUGCCAUUUUGUGUCAAAGACUCCCAGAUGGGAAUAAAAAAGGGAAAACUUGGUAGGAAAGCACAAGGAAGAUGCCCUGAGGUCUUCUUGAACAGGGUGUUUGUAGUUGUGGGUUUAUGGGCCCAGGCUGUCUGGAUACUCAGUAUCUUUACAAAUACCAAGGCCCUCCUGUGUGGCAGCAGCAGUAUUAGGCACUUUAUCCAUGUUGGUCCCUGAGGCCUUCACUAAUGCCCUAGACAAGUACACAUCACCCCCUUCCCCACCCCACCCCUGUUCUGCACUUUUCAGGUGAGGAACCAGAGACUCAGAGUGGUUUAGGGGACCUUCCCAAAUUCCCAAGGUCACAAGGAGAGAAGAUUCCAAUCUUCCAUUUGUCUCUGUCCUCUAAUGGAUAUAAGGUCCCACCAUUACUACCUGGUGACAGAGCACAGCACCAUCUGAGCACACAGCUCCUCACACAGCCUCCCAGAGCAUCCAGGCAAGGGAAGAGAGCUCACCAGCAUUUGGUGGGCCAUCAAUCUGGCCAUCUGUCACCUCCUAGAAGCAAAUUGUGCCUUCUGGCUCUGUGCCUCGUGUUCCCGACAUCACAGAAGUCCAACCAAGCCAUCAGGAGAGUGGGCUGGCCUGCCAGAUGCUGUGUGUGCCUGUUCCCGCUGAGCCUCCCGUCCAUUCACCUUGAGCAUCCCAACUCAAAUUCAGCCACUGGAUGUCACCAAGCAGGACUAUGUGCUAGUUCUCAAAAGGCCAUCUUGAGAGGACUGGGACCUUGUUCUCUGUAGAGUUUCAGGGACUCUGGUGUCCUUGGCAAAAAUCCCCACUGUACUCAGUACCCUCCAUCCCCCACUGUAACCUUUCCCUUGGCUUGCUACCUGGCCACUGAUCCAGUGACUGUCUGCUAUACUCCUACUGUGAUGGAAAACAAAGCAACUGUAACUUAUUUUGUAUCUAUGUUCAGACUAUAUAGAGACUGUUCUGUGUGUCUACAAUGUGCUUAUAACUACAGUCUGUUUGUCAUUAGGAUUCAUGCUAAUACAACACGUUUAUCCUUUGGUA